AUGGCGGCGGGCUUCUUCCUGGAGAAGCCCAGGAUGAACAUGCACAGCGCGCCGCACGUGAAGCCAUCCUCGGCCGCGAGCAGCUUGGGAUCUCCAUCGGGCUCCUCGUCGUCGUGCGGGGCCAUGGUCCUCCCCUCGGCGCGCGACACGGACCUCGACAGCGCGGACGGCGGCGCGGCGACGAGCCUGGCGAGCGCGGCGGAGUGCUGCCGGGCGAGGGAGCUCAGCGCGGAUGUCGGGCUGUGGGUGGCGGCCGUCUGGUCCUGCUCCUCCCACUUCGCGCCGAUGCCUGUGCCGGCGCCGUGCACCGGGGAGGAGGCGGCGGAGCACGGCAGGCUGGCGACGACGAACGUGGGGCGGCGGAGCGGCGGCAGGAGCGGGGACGACCGCGCCACCACCUCCGUGAGCACGGACGGCGCCGAGAGCGGCGAGUCCUCGUCCGCCACCAUGCCCAGGCGCUUGCUUCGCCAUCUUCUUUUCUCCCCGCGCGCCUUCGUGAGAGCGUGGCGACGGUGGAGUCUUGGCGCGCGCGGCCUGGGGCUCUCCCGCGUGGCCGGGAAGGAGAGGGCGAGGCCGUGGCGGAGCUCGCGCCGGCGAGGUCGUGGGACGGUGCCGACGGGAGACGAAAGUGACCUGACGAACGGGUACCUGGACACCGCGAUCGACUGGAUCCCCGGCAUGCCGGGCAUCCGUCUGAAGGACAUCCCCAGCUUCAUCAGGACGACGGACCGGGACGACGUGAUGCUCAACUUCGACGGCGGCGAGGCGCAGAACGCGCGCAAGGCCCGCGGGGUCAUCCUCAACACGUACGACGCGCUGGAGCAGGACGUGGUGGACGCGCUGCGCCGCGAGUUCCCGCGCGUGUACACCGUCGGCCCGCUCGCCACGUUCGCGAACGCCGCGGGAGGAGGCGGGCUGGACGAGAUCGGCGGGAACCUCUGGAAGGAGGACACGGGCUGCCUCCGGUGGCUGGAGACGCAGCGCCCGGGCUCGGUGGUGUACGUCAACUUCGGCAGCAUCACGGUGAUGACCGCCGCUCAGCUCGCCGAGUUGGCCUGGGGCCUGGCGGGCUGCGGCUCGCUGUUCCUGUGGGUCAUCAGGCCGGACCUCGUGUCCGGCGAGAACGCCAUGCUGCCGGAGGGGUUCGUCACGGACACCAAAGAAAGGGGAAUCCUGGCGAGCUGGUGCUCUCGCACCCGUCCGUCGGUCUGUUUCUGA